GGAGGCUUCAAAAAGUGCCUUUAUUUAUCAAUGACGUAACGAGUGGACCUGUGGAUCGGACAUGUUGUAGGUUUACAGCUUUCCGAAAGUUCAGCAGCGCUCUGGCGGAUGAUGGACAGCUGUAUUGGACUGAUUCGUGAUAUUUUAAACUGUGUUUUAAGUAGACUGACUUAAAGUGGAGGUUGGAGCUGCCGUCUGUUCUCUCUCUCUCUCUCCUCUCCACCACCCAGUGAGCCACAUUUACUCUGUUACCGUUAUUGGGUACACACGCUGACUUUUUCAGUACUGUGAACGGCCUCUUGAAUACCCUUGCGGAGCUGAGGGACUGAGCGGAGUAUGGAUGUCCAUGGUUUCCAUGUCUCUGCACACAGAGAGACCGCGAAGAAGUGCCUGAGAGGAAGGAGAGGAAGAGCUGAGCUGCGAGUAGCAGCUGGUGGAGCCCAGAGCAGCAGGCCGAGCUUCAUAAGAUAGUAUCGUUACUCCUGAGUGGCUCCAGCAGCUGUUUUUGGAUGUUAAUCUACAGUUAUGAGGCUCACGGCAGUGGUUUUGUUGUUGUAUGGAUUUCUAUGGCUCUUUCUGAUGAAAUGCUGCCACUCCAGACCGAGUCAGGGCUGCGACACCGGCCAGACAAACCUGGAGACGGAUCUACCUCAGUCUGAUGGGUUCACAUGUCCAGAGCCGUGGCCACACUCAACUCUGAGGCUUGCUGAUAUUUCCGUCAAGCACCCCCUACAGCCAGCUGAGCACAUCUGCAUGAAUAUGCCCAUCAAAUACAAUCACACCAUUCCAAACAGUGGAGCUCACAGGCCUGUCGGAGCCAUGAGCGGCGAGUACCUGUACUGCCCUCCUCAGCGCUGGCUAAACAACCUGAAGGACGGCGCAGCAGUGCUGCUGUAUCACCCUUGUGCCUCAGAGGAUGCUCGCAGGGGUCUGGCUUUGAUGGCCCACUCCUGCCUUCCUCAUUACAUCCUCACAGCUCACCCCCAGCUCAGCCAACGCAGACCUUUUGCCUUGGCCUCCUGGGGUCGUACGCUAGAGAUGUCCCAUGUGACCUCAUCAGGAGUUUGCGAGUGGUUGCUCGCAGCUUUUUCCAGCCUUAAUCAAUCCGUGGGAAGCCAAAGACCAAAGUACAGCCUGUUUUUGACAAAGGCAGCUCCUGUGGACAGAGUUCUGAGUGCUACUGUAAAGUCUCUGAGAGCGUGCUGCGUGGAAGCUCUGUCAGCAUACGAGUGGACUCCAGCGAGAGCGAGGAAAAGCCGGGCAGCCCUCCAGACCCGAAAAGGGGAAGUGAAGAGAAAAGAUGAAGCAAAACUGUCUGAAAAUUCUGCAUUUCACAGCUCAGAGUUUGAAAAGCUGAACUCUACACAAACACAACCACUGAACAUUACUGAGGAUAAAGAGACACUCUCGACUGACUCUCAUAGUAGCCAUGUUACAUCCGCCCUCCGUGCUGCCAUAGAAACAGAUGAAAGGACGACAGCCACUCAAAGACAGGCGACAAAUAACUACAGCAAAGGUGAGACAGGACAGGAAGAGGUGUUGGGGACUUUAAAUACAGAUGUAAAGUCUUACAAGAAGACUGAGCUGGAGAUUCAGAAGCACCGUGUUAAAACUGAUACAGCGGAACAGGGUGCUGGAGGUGGCUGUGGAGGGCCCGGUCAGUGCAGAGCUCCAGACACAGCAGCUCCAAAAAUAGGUGGGCCGCUGCAAGGCCACAGGAUGCCUACACCACGCACUGAUGAGGCCGUGUGGGCGGCCGCAGCGCUGGGCUUUCUCUUAGUGCUCCUCACACUCUCUGUGCUCCAUACACGUCUUUACCGCAACUGGCGCACACCACCCAGCCUGUACUGGCACGAGACUCGGCAAGACUACGAGAGUGUAGCAGAUAUCAUUCGAAGGAGAUUGAGAAUGGUGGGGAGGAGGAAGAGGAGAGCCAGCCAGAGCAGGAGACAGGAGUGCCCCCUGCUGCCCGACUCCAGCACUGACAAUGAGUCUGACUGAUUCGCAAACUGCAUUGGACAAAGUGUGGGGCGCUCAUUCUCUGUCUUUACAAGUUAACAGCACUGCUCAUUUGUUUGGAAUAUACACAAGACAAGGAUUUACAUGUCAAUCACAGAGAUUGCAACAGGUGCAUUCAUUCCAUACCUAGAAGGUUCCAAAGCACGCACACUAUUCUGACUUGAAUUUAGGCAUGUGCUUUAUUGAAGCAUCUCAGUUAUUGCUGAAUACUCAUUAAAAAGCUCUUUUUCAUGGUAUAGUUAAAGGCAGUUCUUGGUACAUUUUGCAAAACACAUUUGCACGUCAACCAAGAAAGGAAGGGGGGGAAAAAAGCACAAGUUUUACUAUUAAGCGAUGCAUAUCUGUUCUCCUGAAAAUAACUGUGUCAUAUAAACAUAAGCAAACACAAUGGACUCUUGCUCUUGUGUAUUGUAAACUAUUUAAGUACCAGCUGAAGAUUUGUAUACAGGGUAUUGCAUUUUUUUGCAUGUGUACAGUCAGUUACUGAUACAUGGCAAUGCACUGUCUUCAAUAGGCUUGGAUAGGUUUUUUAUAACCAGCCUAGAAGGCUCUCUUACAAGAAAGGUGUACAAAGUUGUCCAUGCUUAAAAUGUAAGGUCCACUCUGCUGGUAAGGAUGAGCAAUCUAGAGUUCUUCGUAAAGAGAAGCAACAGGACUCGCCAGGAGAUGGCAGGAGAGCUGCAGUAGACAGAUUCAGUGGAUAAUACACAGACACAGAAAUACUGUAGAGACACUGUGUCCAGAAGUUUGUAGACACUUGCCUAUCCACGGUUUCUUCUUGUGUCUUCUUGUGUCAACAACGAGUGCCCCUUAAAGCAGCUGCCCUUACUAAUUAGAAGAGCUGUCUGGAUACUUUAGGACAUACAGUUUAUCUAUUGCAGUUAAUUAUAUGCCAAUUACUAAUUAUUUAAACAAUAUGACACAUCAGCAAAUGCCAAAUGUGAAGAAUUUCAGGAUUCUAACACAUUUCUUUUUUUUUUUCUCUUCAAAAGGUACAUGUAGUGUAAUUGUAUUCACAGGGUAGUUACAAUACUUGCCUAAUAUCAAUAUCUUGUCAAAAGCUUUUCAUGUAUUGUUUGGCACAUAUUGAUUUCAUUGAAGUGUAAUAGCUUUUCUUACAUUAUGAUGUCUCUUCACCAGGUUUUAAACAUGGGCUGUACAAGAUUAAGAGUGCUGAUCUGGGCUCAGAUCCCUUUACCAUGCAAUCAUAGUCAAAUGUGUUUUUAUGCUGAUAAGUACAGUUUUUGUACUGUAAAUAAAGAUGUUUUUUUCGAGUGA